UCUCGCUUCAAAGCGACUUGCUCGAAAGCACAUCCUUCGCUUUCAAGUUCUCCCGCCAAGUUCCUAUCGAACGACAGUUCGUGCCACGUGUUCCGAGUUCCGACAGUUCGGAAGAAACCGGUUCAGUGUACCGUGGUUCGAAAGAGAAGAGAGAUAGAGAGGGAUCAAGAGAAAGAGAGAAGGAGAGAGAAGAAAGAUGGCCACUAUCACGAGCGAACAAGCGCUCUUCGACUUCGAGCUCAACGACGUGUUCGAGAACGAGCUCAACGAUAAUCUCUACAACCUGAAGAUGUCGGAAGACAAGGCCGUAAGCAGCCGCAAAAGCAGACGCAUGCUGAAGCCGCUGAAGCCGUUGCUGCGCAUGCUGAAGAAGCGCACCAGCAGCUAUGUCAAGAACAACAAACGUCAAGAGGCCAUGCCUCAGGUGGAGAUCUUCAGCGAAGAGAUCGAGAACCAGAACAACGCCAACGAGGCACUGGAACACAGGCUCUUGCAAGAGUUACGGGAUGCCGAGGAGGGAGCAGCCAUCACCGUUUGCCUUGACGGACAGAUGACCGUCGUGCCGGUUGUGCCUGGUCAGUGCUACGUACCGGUGCAUUUCGCUCACACCCACGCCGGCGACUUCUACUGGACAACGCUCAGCAUGGCCGACAGAGACCUGUGCUACAAGGAGCGCGCCUUCUCGCAGUACCAGCUUCCCGAGGUGCAAGUGGCGUGAGGUGUCAUCGAGAACGACAGCAUCUACCUCAUAGGCGAAUCACCCGAGCUGAUUAUUCGAGAUUCGCUGACCUUCUUUCUACGGAAGCGUCCUCGAGGUCGAGGACUCAAACUGUCAAUCGAGUCGUGAGGCGACAACGAUAGAUAGACAUUUCGAAACUGUGAUCGUUAGAUUAUAUUAUGUAGCUAUAGCUCAUUGACAUUUGACUGAUCGAAAGGAACAUUCCUUGUAGAUAAAAAUUGGUAUGUCAAAGAGAAAGAGACGCGUUCUAUUUUUUUUUCUUUUUACAUUGCGGCAACACUUGUCGCGUUUGUGAUAUUUGUACCUAUUUUAUGUAUACACAUUUAUAGAGUGUUUAUUUCAAGAUUGUGAUAUCGGCUUUAA